AUGGCGGACAAGAAUCGUCAGCCCUACAAACCCAUUAACAGAAGAAAUUAUUCAUCUUCCUCUUCUUCUUCCCACUCCAAUUACACCAAACCCCGCCGUCCCAAUUACCCACACCAUUCAAACCCCAACUCCGAUCGCUCUGCAAUUACCUCUUCCAAUAGCAGCAGAAAUUAUACUGACAAUGACAAUCAAGAUUUUCCGACCUUAGUAGGGACUUUCCCUUUCAUGUGCCCAGUGGAGGAGAGGGAGAGGCGCGAGAGGCUGCGGGAUUUGGCUGUUUUCGAGAGGCUCCACGGCGAUCCUGCUAGAACUUCACCCACCCUUGCUGUAAAGAAGUUUUGCAGAACUAUUAGUUCAAAAGACGUGAAAGCUUCUGAUGUUCGGCCCGUCCCCGUAUUGGAGGAAACUCUAGAUUAUCUUCUCAGCUUGCUGCAUUCAAGUGAUCGUUCUUUUGAGGUGGUUCAUGAUUUCAUUUUCGAUAGGAUUAGGUCCAUCAGGCAGGAUCUUAGCAUGCAGAAUGUUGUCAGUGAUCAAGUGAUUCGCAUGUACGAGAGAAUGGUCAAGUUUCACAUCAUAUCAUAUUACAACCUUCGUAGAUCUGGUGGAACUCAAGAUACUGCUUCUAUGUCUCACCUCAAUUUGGAGCAGCUUAUGAAAGUCUUAACAACUUUAUUUAACUUGUAUGAAGCACAUCGAGCAGCACAUUCUAUGUGCCAAAAUGAAGCUGAGUUUUAUUCAUUUUAUCUUCUUCUCCAUCUGGGAUCUCACAACCAAGGCGAACCUUUAUCUUUGUGGUUACGCCGCAUUCCCUCAGGAAUCUUGAAAUCAAAAGAGAUUUGUUUUGCCCGGGCACUAUUAAGGUGUUACCGACUAGGGAAUUACAGGCGAUUCAUUAAUAUUACGGAGAAAGAGGCAUCCUUUCUGCAGAAUUGCCUUAUAGAACCUUAUAUCAAUGAGGCACGGGUAUUAGCAUUGUCCUGUAUCAGUUAUGGAGGGUACAAGCUGCAACCAUAUCCACUGGUGUACUUGUCCAAGCUUCUGAUGUUGAAGGAAUCAGAUGUUGAAUCUCUUUGCAUUGAUUGUGGUCUUGAAAUAUCUGAUGGUGAAACUGGAAAGGGACUUAUCUCCACCAAGGAAUUGGUAAUAGUUAAACAGUCGAGAGGAUUCCAGAAGUACUAUCCGAUCCAUUCAGAACGUAUAGAAAGGCUAUUUGCUGAGAUGUCGGAUGUGUGA